AUGCCUCCAAGUAAAACGCUUCAUAUGAUAAAGACUAUUACUCCAUCUUGGUUGGAGGCGCAUGCGUCCUACAUUGACAGUUCUCAUUCAUUUACCAAAGAACAGCUCACAUUCAACGCAAACUCAGUUGAUAACGCCGCUCUUGUAAAAGUUCCCAUGAUUCCUGCUGGUGCCUUGCAAUAUUCCGCUCCGCUGACCGUGAAAAUUGUAGUCUCACAUGAUGUGAGUAUCGGAACAAAAGAGGACAGCGAUAUCGCAUAUGGUGUGUCUGACGGGAUAAGAUUUGUCGGGUUUCAUAUGGAAGAUAAAAUGGGGUAUUCAGGCUUUGCGCCAUGUAAUGGAAAAGAGGGUUUGUCCGGUACGCAAUUGACUGUCGGUAAAUAUACCAGCUUGACACCCAGACCCAGCGACUCUUUCUACCCCGGCCGGUUUGUCUUCACCCUCAAGCUGGAUGAACGCUGGGGCUCGUGUUACACUGCGCAUGACGGAGGUUUCGUGAAGACCACUGGUUACAACAACCGAUUGAUGCUCAACAAGGGACUCACUCUCGAGGUUUAUAAAGAGGGAAAAAAAGAGGGGGUUGGGAUCAAGUUCAUUGAAGUCACCGUUAUACAAGAUGCUUAGCGAAAAGAGAACAGCUUAUCAGAAAAGCACCGAAGGAUUGUGUAACAU